AUGCCGCGGCUCCAGGACAUGGACCCCGGGUCGAUCCUUCUGAGCCAACGGAUAAUCUUCCUCGGCACGCAGGUGGACGAUUUCAGCGCGGAUCUGAUCAUCAGCCAGCUGCUGCUGCUGGACUCGCAGGACCCCACGCGCGACAUCAAGCUCAUCAUCAACUCGCCGGGCGGCUCGGUGACGGCGGGCAUGGGCAUCUACGACGCCAUGAAGCUGUGCCGCGCGGACAUCUCCACGAUCUGCUUCGGGCUCGCCGCGUCCAUGGGCGCGUUCCUGCUCGCCACGGGCACCAAGGGCAAACGCUUCUGCAUGCCCAACGCGCGCGUCAUGAUUCAUCAACCCCUGGGAGGCGCGCAGGGGUCGGCCAUAGACGUGGGGUUGCAGGUGCGCGAGAUGAUGUACCACAAGGUCAAGCUCAACAAGAUCCUCUCACGAGUCACCGGCAAAUCAGAGGAACAGAUUGAGAUUGACACGGAUCGCGACAAUUUCAUGAGCCCAUGGGAGGCAGUUGAAUACGGACUGGUGGAUGGGGUGAUGGGCGCUGAUAACCCCAACCUGGUGGCACCAGUGGGGGAGGUGAGGGAGCCGCCCAAGACCAAGGUGUGGGACCUGUGGACCAUCAAGGAGGCCAAGGAGAGGAAGAACCUGCCGGGGGAGGACCAGCUGCUGAAAAAGUAG